CCACGAAUGGACCAAUACUUUGAACAAAUGAAAAAAAUUAUUGUCCAAAAGAAAACAUCGUCAAGAUGUCGGUUUAUGYURCAAGAUGUGGUAGAYCUYCGCAGCAAUAACUGGGUGCCGCGAAGAGAUGAAAACAAYCCMAAAACCAUUGACCAGAUACACAAAGAGGUCGCAGAGGAAGAGAAAAAGACUAUGAUUGCAAUCCAGCAAUCUCGGCAACAAAAACGAGACAAUCCYAACAAAGGGCGAGAUAGUCCAAGACCUUCUGGUGUACCACAAGCUGACGAAACCUGGACAACUGUACCAGGAAGAACAAGAAAUGUUAAUGUUGAUCCCAAGAAAUUCCAAGAUGCCAAAAAGCGCACUAACGUAGAUACAGAGAGUAUCUCGUUAGGUCCUGGUGGGCGUGGUCCAGGUGCCUGGGCACGUGGUAGUAGCGGUGGUGUAGGACCUUCAGCUGUACCAGGAACUCAAAAUACUGAACAAGAAUCAAGAGGAAACAGAUUCUCUGCUUUGGGUAGUGAAGGAAGGAGAGGUCCUGGUACAUCAAGGCAAGGUUCUGGUGCUGGUCGCCAAGACGCCCGUAACCAGGGACCUCCUGGACGCCGCCCAAUGCAUGAUCGCGAGAAAGCACUUGAAGCUGUUAGAAAUGUUGUACAGACAAAGCCAAGACAAGAGGAUCGUGAUACAGGAUCACCACGUUUGGAGGAAGUUGAACCAGUCAAAACACCAACCCCACCCCCACCCUCAGUGUCACCACCUGUCAAACAGUUAUCAGAUGAAGAUAUCAGACACAAGGCUAUUGGACUGGCUGAUGAAUACUUUGGCAUCAAAGACUUAAAGGAAGCUAAAUAUUGUGUGGAGGAGCUAGACCCAUCAACACAUCAGCAACUMGUUUACCACUGCCUAAAUCACUGUCUUGAGAAACACAGCUCAGAGAGACUAGCCAUAGCAAAAAUGAUGUUUUACCUCAGGAAAAAUGAUAUUAUAUCAGAAGAAAACUACAUUAAUGGAUUAAAGCAAUUAUUAGAGUUUGCAGAGGACAUGGAAAUUGAUAUCCCACAUGUAUGGAAGUACUUUGGUGAACUAAUAGGACCAUUGAUACUAGACAACGUCUUGUCAUUACACCUUCUUAGUGACUGUAUUGUAUCACUGAUACAAGACAAGACAAAGCAGGCUAAAUUAUUAGCAGAAAUUUUAUUAAAUGCUUCAAAGGAAUCAAGUCCAGGAGAAGUUGGUUCAAUAUGGUCCAAAUCAGGACUAUCAUUUAGCAUAUUCUUCUCUUCAAAUGAUGAAGCGAAAGAGUUUAUCAAAGAUAAAAAUUUAGAUUCAAUUGUUUCAAGUGGUUCGCAUGCAUCUAACGUACAAGAAGAACUUAGAAAUUUAAUAUUGACAAAGAAAGUCAGUAAUGAAGAUGUUUUCAAAUGGGUUGAUGGUAAUGUAUCAAACCCCAAGGAACCUAAGUUCAUCCGUGCUCUAGUAACAGCUGUCUGUGAAGGCUGUAGAAAAGGCACGCCAAGUGGGUCCGAAGACUCGUGUGAUGUUGACUUAUUUAGACAAAGAAUUCCUCUCUUAAAGAAAUACAUUGAUGAUAAUAGUUCGUUAGAGCUACAAGCUCUGUUUGCCCUACAGGCUUUAGCAGUACAACUGGACCAACCACCAGUUCUUCACAUGGGAAACGAACAGUGACCCACAGGAAGCCCAAGGCAAGGGUACUGCACUAUCAUCUACCGUCCACUUCUUUGAAUGGCUACGGUCCGCAGAGGAAGAAAAAAAUGAAGAAGGAUGAAAUAUUUUGAAAUCAUUAAAAGAGAAUUACGUUUACGACUUGGAGUUGGUUAAUGAGAAUUGAGGCCAAUGCCCUGAGCUAAUCGGCUCUAAACUAGCAGUACUUCAGAUUUGAAUCUUGAAGAGUUAUUCCGUUAUGGAACUGGAACAUUCACGGCUGUUGAACUUGAAUUAGUGAAUGUAUAAAGUCUACAGAUGUUGGGAAUGCAACCCUAGAUUGAUAAUAUUUUUGUCAAUGGACACUACAGACGUUAAUAUGACAGUGAAACGCUACAAGAUGCACGCAGAUGCUAGCGAUAAAUAAAAUAUAGAAAGAUAUCUGCGCUGUCGUAGGUCAAUAGGACAAAUCAUGCCCUUUGUGAAAAUAAAUGAUACGUGUAAAUUACGGGGCAUUCUAUCGAAAUAUUAAAGAUUCCGAGGUUAAACUAGA